UUUGUCGCGAACACGCACGUUUAUAAGUAUGCUAGUAUGUGUCGUACAGUAGGUCACUCCAGCAAACCUACAACCCGCAGAGCGCCUCACAUCCAGAUAUCAGCCUUCACGGUCAAGACCGCCAACCCCAGACAUGGCGCCCUGCAAUGAGUCCAUCGAAAUGGACAUGUGUACCCUACAAACAUGCUGUUUCGAACAAGGUUUCCUCGACUACCCUCCGAAUCUCGGUGUCAGUGUCGCAUAUCUAACGAUUUUCGCCAUCUUCAUGAUUCUCCAGCUUGGCAUAGCCAUCUUCUACAAAACAUGGGCUUUUGGAUUUGCCAUGUUCGGAGGAUUGGUGCUAGAAAUUAUCGGCUACACUGGGCGUAUCCUCAUCCGCUCAAAUCCUUUCGACAUGAAUAUCUUCCUUGUAUAUUUCAUUCCUCUCGGCCUUGGUCCUGCUUUCCUCACGGCCGCCAUCUAUAUCACACUCGGCCACGUUGUUAUUGUUUUCGGAGAACAAUAUUCACGACUCAAGCCCAAGACGUACUCGCUUGUAUUUGUAUGCAUCGACUUGUUUUCUCUCUGCAUUCAAGCUGUCGGUGGUGCUCUUACUGCGACUGCGGACAAUCCGACCGAUCGUCAAAAUGGUACCAAUGUACUUAUCGCUGGUCUCACGCUACAGGCAGUAUCUCUGGCGACAUUCAUCCUUCUCAGCGCAGAUUUCCUUUUGAAAGUCAAGAAGGGUAACAGGGAAGACCGAAACUCGAACUUUGAUAACUUCAGGGCCAAGAAAUCCUUUUCGUGGUUUCAGAUUGCUCUUCCCAUCGCCGCACUCGUUAUUAUGAUAAGAUGUAUCUACCGCGUCAUUGAGCUUUGUCAAGGUUUCGGUGGUAAACUCGCGAACGAGGAGGUACCCUUCGACAUCCUUGAAGGCCCUAUGAUCAUCAUUGCCAGUAUCUGUUUGACGGUCUUCCAUCCUGGCUUCGUCUUCCGCGGUGGAUAUUGGGAGGCAUCAUCAUGGGUGAUCCGUACAUCCAAGAAGGGUGGAAGCAGAGUCAAGGCUUCUCCCGAAGCGGCAGAGAAGACCGAAGCAUCAUUGACACCGAUGUCGUCGGAUAUGGAGGAGCCUUUCGCUGCUAAGCCAGCAGUAAUCGGCAAGGAGUAGGCGCACGCAUCAUCGGAGCUGGUCGUACAGAGGGCGCAUGGCCACGAUGGAGUAUGCAUUGUUGAAUCCGUGACGAGAAUGACCAAUAGAUAUUCUAAGACGGCCGGAUUAAAGCUAGACAUAGUAGUGCAGUAAUGAUGAGAUAUCCACGACACGCAAUACAUUGACUGACCAAUGAGAGCUCAUCCUUCUCUCUCUUUAUACAGGACAUCAGAAUAUCUCAGCGACUUUACCAAUACCCCCACUGGAGUUCGAAAAGAAAC